CCCACUUGGACGCCCUCAGCUGCAGCACCGCCGAGGCGCACGGAGUUGGGGACGCAAGCCGGGACACCAGAGGGUGCUGCACACCGGGCGUCGGGGGUCUUCAGGGCGUGCGCAGGGGGGGGGCAGCGCAGCCAUGCGGGCGGCUGUGGGCGCACGGGCGGCCGCGCUGGCGCUGCUGCUGGGCGCGCUGGCGAGAGGCGAGGAGUACGACUACUACAGCUGGCAGGCCGAGACGCUGCAUGGCCGCUCCUACUCCAAGCCGCCGCAGUGCCUCGACAUCCCCGCCGACCUGCCACUCUGCCACACUGUGGGCUACAAGCGCAUGCGACUGCCCAACUUGCUGGAGCACGAAAGCCUGGCUGAGGUGAAGCAGCAGGCAAGCAGCUGGUUGCCACUGCUGGCUAAACGCUGCCACUCGGACACGCAGGUCUUCCUGUGCUCGCUCUUCGCGCCUGUCUGCCUCGACCGGCCCAUCUACCCGUGCCGCUCACUGUGUGAGGCUGUGCGCGCCGGCUGCGCGCCGCUCAUGGAGGCUUAUGGCUUCCCCUGGCCCGAGAUGCUGCAUUGCCACAAGUUCCCCCUGGACAACGACCUCUGCAUCGCCGUGCAGUUCGGGCACCUGCCCGCCACCGCGCCUCCAGUGACCAAGAUCUGCGCCCAGUGUGAAAUGGAGCACAGCGCUGACGGCCUCAUGGAGCAGAUGUGCUCCAGUGACUUCGUGGUCAAAAUGCGCAUCAAGGAAGUCAAGUUGGAGAACGGUGACCGCAAAUUGAUUGGCGCUCAGAAAAAGAAGAAGCUGCUGAAGCCAGGCCCCCUGAAACGUAAGGACACCAAGAGGCUGGUGUUGCACAUGAAGAAUGGGGCAGGCUGCCCCUGUCCGCAGCUGGACAGCCUAACAGGCAGCUUCCUGGUCAUGGGCCGCAAGGUGGACGGCCAGCUGCUGCUCAUGGCUGUCUACCGCUGGGACAAGAAGAAUAAGGAGAUGAAGUUUGCAGUCAAAUUCAUGUUCUCCUACCCCUGCUCCCUCUACUACCCCUUCUUCUAUGGGGCUGCAGAACCCCACUGAAGGAUGCUCCUCCCCCUGAUCCCCAGCCAGCUGCGCCUUGCCCUUAGUCCUUGCCCCCACUCCCAGAAUGCCCCAGCCCUGCUUUGUGCAGAGGUGUUGGGCAUAGACCCCGAAGGAUGGAUAUGUGGCAGGGGCUGGCCACCUUGAAGCUUACUGUUUUGUUGGGGGAACCACCAGGGUCUCAGAAAGUUAGGGAGGGGAAGGGACAGGUGGCAGGGCCCAGAAUGGCUAAGGAGCUAGCUUCCAACGUGGAGGUGGUACAGGAUACCCAGUGCU